GCGCUGGUCUUUCUUGUUUCCUCUCUCUCUCUCUCUCUCUCUCUCUCGCUCUCUCUUAAAUGCCAUCGCUCCAAUUUAAUUCAGAAUUCAAUGCCAUUCAUUUGACGUCUCCUCCAGCUUCUGAGUCUUCAAUCAGAAUCGGGUUCACAGUUUCUCACUCUGAGCAAUAGUAUCGAAUCAUCUCUUCCAUUUCGAAUGCAGCUCUGAAGACGCGGUUCCAUUUCUUCUCCAUCCAAGAAGGGUUGGGCUUAGAUUCUGGACACCUGCCAACUUGCUGUGGUCUACUCAAAUCUGGUUUAAAGAUCAAGAGAAGAUGAUGAUUAUGAGAAGAAAACUGUCUUGUUGUUCUAGAGAGAGAGAUCAGAGCUUUGAUUUUGAUGAACAAGAGAGAAUAAUGACGUACAAUGGCCUAGAGAGUUGCAUUCUCAACAGUCAUUCUUAUGAAAAUGAAAGUGGCACAAGUAGGGGAGAUGGAUGCGCAACUGAUUCCCUGGAUGAUGCCUCAAGCUGUUCUUCUAGCAAUAACAUUUUUGGAUCAUUCUCUUCUCGUUGGACAAUGAUGAAGAGAGAUGAGCAUGGACUGGAUGAGUGGGAGGUCACAGAAAGUCCACACCAUUUUUAUGUCAAAGAAAAACCUAACUAUAGUGUUCAGUUUUCAGACGUAGAGAUGAUGAAAGAAAGAUUUGCAAAAUUGUUGUUGGGUGAAGAUAUUACAGGGGGAUGCAAGGGAGUCUCUACUGCACUAGCAAUAUCUAAUGGCAUAACAACUCUUGCAGCAUCAAUUUUUGGGGAGCUGUGGAAAUUGGAGCCACUGCCAGAGGAUAGAAAAAGAAAAUGGCGAAGAGAGAUCGAUUGGUUGCUCUCCCCUACCAACUAUAUGGUUGAGUUGGUUCCAGCUAAGCAAAAUGGAGCCAAUGGUCGCACCUUGGAGAUAAUGACUCCAAAGACUCGUGCAGACAUCCAUAUAAAUCUUCCAGCACUGCAAAAAUUGGACUCCAUGCUCAUUGAGACACUAGAUUCAAUGGUUAGCACAGAGUUUUGGUAUGCAGAAGGCGGAAGCCGAGGUGAAGGAAGGAGACAGAGCAGAAGGUGGUGGCUUCCGUUGCCCCAUGUGCCAACCAGUGGCCUCUCUGAAAUUGAAAGGAAGAAGCUGCUAAAUCAGGGCAAAGUGGUCCAUCAAGUCUUCAAGGCAGCAAAAUCCAUCAACGAGACUGUCUUGCUUGAAAUGCCUGUUCCAACCAUCAUCAAAGAUGCACUUCCUAAGUCCGGAAAGGCAAGUCUCGGAGAACAGCUUCAUAGAAUCUUGUGUCAAGAAUCAGUAUCAGCUGAGGAAACGCUCAAUUCCCUCAACUUGAAAUCUGAACUCAGUGCCCUUGAAACCAUCAAUAGGUUGGAAGCAGCUGUAUUAGCAUGGAAAGAGAGAAUUACAGAGCAAGCCAGCGGAAAAUCUCCCAUUCGAACAUCAUGGUCCUUCGUGAAGGAUCCGUUAUCUGAAGUGGAUAAGAUGGGGUUUUUGUUGGACCAAGCAGAAUUGCUCUUACAGCAGCUGAAGACCAGAUAUCCUAACCUUCCUCAGUCGUUCCUUGAUGUUGUGAAAGUCCAAUAUUGCAAGGAUGUUGGACAUUCAAUUCUAGAAGCAUAUUCGCGAGUUCUUCGAAACUUGGCAUUCAAAAUACUGUCCAGGAUGGGAGAUAUUUUGCAAGAAGACAUCCUGAGCAAUCCCAAUUCUCCCGUGCCCAAAUCUUGCUUUCCUGGAAUGGAUGUCAUCGGGAACUCUGACUCCCCGGUGCAUGCUCAACGCGCAAGGCACUCCCUCAUCGACCAGAUGAACAAGGUAGAUCGACAAUAUGGCAACGAAACCAUUGCUCCUGGUUUCGAGCUUCCAUGCGCUGAACCGAAGGCUAGCCUGGUGACUGCAACGCCUAGCCGGAGCCGGGGUUGGUGUAUCGGCCGGGAGGCUUGCAACGGCGCAUCUCCGCUAAACUCCCCCUGAUGAGAAGAGUAUGGGUUCAGCAAUGCUUUCUGUAAAUGAUGUUACCAUAUGCUUACUAAAUUGCAAGACUGGUUUGGUACGUUGGUCCUGGUGACAGGGUGAUUAAUUUUGCCGAUGGUUUGAUGGCUAUGUUGCAUGCAUGUCGUAUACAAAACAGGAUGCCAGUUUUUAUUAUGUGAUGGCAAUAAUAAUAAUUAUUGUUCGAUUGAUCUCGCAAUAUGCCAUUUUG